UCUCUCUCUCCCCCAGGGCGGUGACGGACCCGCGGGACGGCCGGCGGGUGGCGCUGAAGAAGAUGCCCAACGUGUUCCAGACCCUCGUGUCCAGCAAGCGAGUCUUCCGGGAGCUGCGCAUGCUCUGUUUCUUCAAGCACGAGAACGUAAGUAACCGGGUGUUCUUUCUCUCUCUCUCUUUCCUCCUUUCUCUUCUCUCUCUCCUCCCUCCUCCCCGGCUUUUUUUUUUUAAGGAGAUCUACGUGAUCACAGAGCUGAUGCAGAGUGACCUCCACAAGAUCAUCGUGUCUCCACAGCAUCUCUCCGCCGACCACGUCAAGGUCUUCCUCUACCAAAUCCUCAGAGGUCUGACGUAUCUCAUGUCUUCUAGAAUCUUAAAUGAAAAUAUAUAUGUAAACAAUCUAAUUGAUGACAUGAAUCUUUUACAGAUCUGUGAUUUCGGUCUGGCCCGUGUCGAAGAACCUGAUGAAAAUAAGCACAUGACACAGGAGGUAGUCACACAGUACUACAGAGCCCCAGAGUUGCUGAUGGGGGCGCGCCAUUACACCCAAGCAGUAGAUGUGUGGUCUGUUGGCUGCAUUUUUGGCGAGCUUUUGGGGCGUCGUAUUCUCUUCCAAGCCCAGAGUCCCGUACAGCAGCUUGAGCGAAUAACAGACCUGUUGGGAACACCAAACCUAGAAGACAUGAGAUACGCUUGUGAAGGGGCCGUGACCCAUAUGCUACGCCGACCCUCAAAACCACCUGCCCUGCCAGCCCUCUACACUCUCUCUUCCCAUGCAACCCACGAGGCCGUCCACUUACUCACACAGAUGCUUGCCUUUGACCCGGAUAAACGAUUGAGUGUGACUGAAGCUCUUGCACACCCUUACCUAGAUGAAGGUCGACUACGGUAUCAUUCUUGCAUGUGUACUUGCUGUGCUUCCACAAACUGUGGGGGCCGACAGUAUACACACGACUUUGAACCAACAGCACCACAUGCAUUUGAUGAUACUUGGGAAAAUGAGCUACACUCCAUGUCACAGGUGAAGGAUCGGUUGCACAAGUUCAUCCUGAGCCACCUGGCGCGCGACCGUGUACCUCUAUGUAUCAACCCCAUGUCUGCUGCUUACAAGAGCUUUGCCAGCUCGACAGUUGCUCAUCCUUCAGAGCUCCCGCCUUCCCCACACCAGUGGGAUUGACAGGACGCCAAACACUAGCGUCAAAGAACUUAGUGCCCCCUAAACAUGCCUGUGAAAGAGCAUACAGAGACGCAGGUUGUGUGAAUCUAAGUACACUUGUGUGAAAGUGAGAGAGAGAGAGAGAGAGCUCAAGAUUCUUAAACUGUUGGGACUGGUCCAUAGUAAGGUGGUAAAAGUCUUGAUUCCUUGCAUUUGACCUGAAAUUAUUUCAAGUAUGCUGACAAUCGUAAAUCAGAGUGUAGGCAUUUACCAUUGCGAUUGGAUAUCAACACAUGGUCCAGGUCUUUACAGUUUGUAGGAUGGGAUCAUUUUUUUUUUCUUCUUUUUUAAUCAUUGAUUUACAACUUUCAUAUCAUACAUUCACCUUUUUCCAUAGAAUCUGAUUUUAUGAAAGGGCUCACUAGUAAAAAAAAAAAUUAUAAAAUAAAAAAACAAAAAAAAAGAGAGGGAAGGAUAAGAAAAAUGACAAGGUCAGUGAAUUGACUGUUUAAAGGCGAGUGUAAGUUUAAAGUACGACUGACUCUGUGAAGAUGUACCCAAGAUCACAAGAGUAUAUUGCAGAAGCAGUGAAAUAAUGAUAAGUCUAAAUGAAUUGAUAUAUAUGACUGUUGAACAGAAAGAGAAAAGAAAGAACAGAAAAAAGGCUCACAUGAGAAAUGUGUUUGAGGCUUCAUGUGCCAGUUCCUUAGUCAGACAAAUCACUGCCAUGUACACUAAGGGUAAUGUGUGUGUGUGAUAUGGCCUCGUCCCCCUACCAUAUACAUGUAUUGACUGCUGGGUACUAGAGUGGAAGCAUCCCCCUGCGCUGUGGAUGAUGAGCAAGUGACAAGGACGAAGAUUUUCCCAAAGGUCUUAUCGAUUGAGAAAUGAUCCAGCAUAACUUGGACACCCUCAACGCUCAACGCACCAUGAUCUCUUUUUUGCCCGGGCUCCUUAUUGUGAGGCUGCUGCUGACAUUUGGAAGGUAGCUGAAGCCUACAAGGUUGAUGAUUAUAUGUGAAGAUUCUGCUUAAUGUGAUCAAUACGGAAUUACCCUCACCUGAAAGUUGAUGAAAAGGAAAGAAAAAAAUUGUACAAUGAGUAUAGUAUAAUAUCAAUCUGGAUAACUAUGAAUAUCUUCUUGAUUAGAUUGUUGUUUAAUUAUUUUAUAUAAAAUGAUUCCAGAUUACAGUAAAAACACAAAACAAACGAAAAUUGAGGUAGUUUUAUAUGUUAAGAGGGUUGCAUUGUGAUAACAUUAGUGCAGACUUCCCUUUUUUUGGUAUAUCAGAGUAAUGUCCUUGCAGAUGCGUACUUGUAGUACGCAGGGUUCAUUUUCAUAUUGCAUCAGUAUUAGCCAGAAGAAAAGAAAAAUUCUGUAUUUAAGAAAUUUCUUUAUAUCAGAGGAAAAAAAAGAAUCUAAAAAUUUAAAAUGUAGGGCAGUCCUUUGCCUCUCUUAUCUGGCUCUUAAUUUAUGCUUAGGAAUCUGGCUCGGACUCUCAACCCUUGCUCUCAGGAAAUUACAGUGUACACAAGUGAGCUUAGUUCUUCGCUGAGUUUGUUUACAAUCAUCAGCCUAAUGCAUUUUUAUUUGAUCACCAGGUUAUUAGUACUUUUUUUUCCUCUCUUUCUUAGUGUUAAAAUUUAGUCUGGGAUUUGAACUGUUACAUCGUUUGUGAGUGGAUGAAAAGUAUUCCUUUCUGUCCUCAGUGUUUUAACAUUGUUAUAAGAGAAAUCUAUCUCCAUGUUUGUUAGAAGGAUCUUGACAGUUCCAACAUUUUAAAAAGUUGGUGUUAUGUCAAAGAAUUACAGUGAAUUUUAUGUGCAAUGUAAUUUAAAUUUGGUAUUAAGAUAUUCAGGAAAGAAAUUAUUAUUUUUAUUUUUUACUUGAAUUUUUUGGUGUGAAUCAGGAAAAUCACUGUAACACCACCAGGCCAGGAUUUAGGAAGACUGUGAUAAUUCUGGAAAUGAUUGUGAGAAGGUACAGCGAGAUGGUUCUUCAAGCUGUCUGCUCAACGACUCAUGCACUGCGAGUAGAAGCUGUUUAAGGGUAAUCACUUCUUAAGGUGCUCACACUUUUAUAGAAUUGCAGCUCUCGAUUGGUCUCUUACCUACACUAUGUCAGAGGUUGGAACAAGAUGACAAGACUGCACGCGGCCAACAGAGAAACUGUUUCCUAGAGUGCCGUGGGAAGCAUUACAUUUUUUUUGAUAUUAUAUCGUGUAUCGUCAGUUAUAUCAUGGGUCGUUCUUCUCUGUAUGUCCAGCUUGAGUAUUCCACAAUAGAGGCGAAAUUAUAAUAGGACUUAAAUGUGCUAAUGUGUAUACAUAUAGAUUUUGGAAAACAAAAGAAUAACUGACAAAAAAGUAUCCUGUAUGUUGUAUGGUUUUCUAGUAGUUACAGUUCACUCAGCUUAGAAAAAACAAUGACUGAGAGAAAGAAUCAAAGAAAAGAAAUAUGGGAUAGCUAAAUUUCCCUCUCCUAAUUUGUGGGGAAAAAGAAAGGAAAAUAUGGAUAGCAAUUUUCUCUUUUUGAUGAAUUUAAAAAGAACUCAAAAAGAAAUGAAAAUAGUAAAAGAAACAAAGAGAGA